UUGACAAAUCCUAGAAAUCCUGAGUCCAAGGGACCGGCUAUGGCCAAGCCCACUCCCUUCGACGGAAACAGAAAACAAACAGAGCAAUUCCUCCACGAAAUCAAUUUAAUGAUCCUCGCCAGGAGACACAAUUUCCUAGAUGAAUUUACAAAGAUAGCCUAUGCGCUAUCCUAUAUGAAGGGAGGAUCAGCUGGAAUAUGGUCAAGGAAUUUU